AUGUUGACUGCUAGGUUCUGUGUAGGUUUUUGUCCUUUAUUCCUGCUGGCCCUGCUGCACGCACAUGUGCGCUUUGAGAAGUGUUGCAUCUGCACUGACGGCAACGCUUCAGCCCUUUUCCAAGUUGGCCUUUCUUGCAGGGCCGCCGUUGAUCAUCCAGGAUCAUCCACUGGUCCCCGUCCUACAAUAGUCUCUCGCCCUCCGCUUCCGUCGUCGUUCUCCUGCCGCCUGUCCUUUGGAGCCAUUGUCCUUUGUCACUCGACCGAUCUUGGACAUCGCUUGGAACACGAUCCGCCGUGUCGCUCGGCGCACCAGGUUCUCGGAGCCACAGCGUUGAGAAUGACGAGGCCGUCAAUUAUUCGCGCCGACACGCUCGACCUUCAGGAUCACGUUGCACCGUCGGCAAAGGACCACCACUCCAACCACUCUCACCUCUCCGAUACGCCGCCUGGCGGUCCGGGCCUGUCAAUUGCUCCUCACCAGGCCGAGACAAUUCGUGACGUCGCUCUAGAGACUGCCGCAGCCGAGGCCCAUAGCCCAAGGGUGUCUUGGGCCAGCGGCAAAGUCGACGACGAUACCAGCGACUUGCUUCAACAGUACGCUGACGACCAUCCAGCUGCAGCCAAGCACGACGUCGCCGGAGGUGGCCUGGAUAUCGAAAUGUAUCGCCACGAACAGCAAGACGCCUUAGCCAUUGCCCAAAAUGGCGGCGUCUCAUCGGCAGACGAAGAUGACCUCGACGUCGACGGCGACGAUUUAGAUGACGAUAUGGUGGACAAGAUUUCCAGUUCUCCCUCUAUAGAAGACGGUGCGUUGAACCCUGUUGAAAUGCCAGCGGCUUGGCCGCGGCGUGAGUCCUCCCUCACGUCACUUACCCGACAAUUGGAGAUUGCGAACAUGCCGCCCGAAAUGGUUGAGCCAGUAGCUGUAGGCUGCGUCAAUCCCGAGCAGGCUCUCCUCGUUCCUGAGACAAGUGUAUCACAGUGCAGCAAAUCCGAGUCUGUUGCUGAGUGGCAACAUUGUGAGGAUGAAUGCUUACUUGAAACAGAGGAUAUCGACUUUGAGUUCGUUUAUGCUCUCCACACCUUCGUCGCCACCGUGGAAGGCCAAGCGAAUGCUACCAAGGGCGACACAAUGGUACUUUUGGAUGAUAGCAAUAGUUACUGGUGGCUGGUGCGAGUAGUCAAGGAUAGCAGCAUUGGUUAUCUUCCUGCUGAGCACAUAGAAACGCCCACUGAACGACUAGCACGGUUAAACAAACAUAGAAAUAUUGAUGUACGAGCAAAUCCAACACCAGCAACAGUAUUCCUCGGGACUAAUCAAUUCCAGCUUUCUGCAACUAUGCUCGGUGACCAGGCACAAAACAAAAAGAGCUCAUUCAAAUCCAUGCGAAGGAGACGGAAGACCGUGACAUUUGCUGAUCCGACGUAUGUUGAUUAUUCCGAUUUCGACUACUCUACCGAUGAUGAAGAUAUCGAAGAGUUGUUCGGCUCCCAGGCGAAUACACAGUACCAAAAAGAGCAACAGCAACAGAAACAGCAAGACAAGCAAAACGGCACGGAAGAUGCCAUUGCGGAUGAGACUGCAAAGGUCGAGCCUCUUAAAACUAGGCCAUCGAAUGAGGAAAAGGUUGCGACGGAGUCCGUCAGGGACGUACGGACAGAUGAUGACGAUACAAGGAGCAGCGAGGAAUCCAUUGACGAAAAGCCUGAGGGUCCCAGUCGGUCGAGGAACGGAACCGUCAGAAACACUGACUCGUUCUUCAAAGAUGAGAGUGUGGAAACUAAGAAAAUUACUCUUACUCCGAAUCUCCUGCGCGACGAUAAUACACCAAGACAAUCCAGUGACUCAACUACUAAGGAUGCUAGAUCAGGGUCAAGCUUGGACAAGAUGGACCGGGAGCUAGUUUCUGACAAGGAAAAGAAGAAGAUGAAGGAGAGGGAAAAGAAGGACAAGGAUAAGAAACCUGGCGGUCUUCGGGGAUUCUUCUCAAGAAAAGAUAAAAAGAAAACUUCUGAAGAUGAUGAUGAGUCGUUCGGCAAGCGAUCUAUAGACAUUAUGUCUGAAUCACGAGAUAGCGAAGACCGCUCUCUGGAGGAACCGUUAUCUCCAGAUCGCACAGCAUCUCAGAGGCAACCCUCCAAGCUUCAAAAGUCUGCGCCCAGCAACAAGGCAGCAGGGGUUGUUCAGAAAUCUGUUGAACUUUCGUCAUAUCUUGCUGAGGGUAGGACAAACGAUGUCUCAAGCGUUCCGCCAGCAUCUAUGCGGCUUGUCGACCCUGACACGACUGAAGCCCAAGACGUGCCAGUAAACCAGACACAGACUCGGAACGCUUCUGGGGAGCGGUCAGCGUCGUCGACUGGUCAGAAAGAGGAAAAGUCAGUCAUGUCUAAACUUGUGCCUUCCCGAAGCGCCGGCGACCCCAAACCGCAAAAGACAGUCAAGGCCAAGACGCGCAUGGAACUUGAUACAUCUGACAGCUCCGAGCUUGAGGAAUUCUACACGGAGCGACCAAAUGCGGCUUCCGCUGCAAUUGCAGAGCCGGAACAUCGAAAUCAGACCGACCAGCCCGCAAGAUCUCGUGUCGAAAACGCUCAAACCCCUACGACGGCUGGAGCUGCUCGCGCCCAGCAAAGCCCCAUAGAUCAAACUCUCGAGAGAAAUGGGUCGUCCUCGCCUGCCAAUGCAUCCAAUCCACCUGCGCUGAUGGUCGAUACUUCGUCGCCGGAAGGUAAUUCGCCAGAAGCGUCGCCAUCGCCAGAGCCUGAAGAGACUGUUGAUGAUGUUGCUAGAGAAAGCAGUUCCGCCAGCAGUGGAAAGGAAGGGGCAUGGGAUGACACAAAGCUUCGGGCCUUCUUUGAUGAAAGCGACCAAAUUCGUGACCUUCUGGCAGUUGUGUAUGAUAAGACGAAUGUUGAACCGGCAGGAAUUGACCAUCCUGUCGUCGGCGGACUUUUCCGGGAACAAAAUGCCAAGCUGGCAGAAAUUACGACUCAACUUGACAAUAUGCUCGGAGAUUGGCUUGCCAGGAAGCAGCGUCUUCGCGGCACCAUUUAG